GGCUCUCCCCGGGGCGGUUGCGCUGCGAUCGCUCCCCGCCCUCCGCGUUUCGUCGCCGGGCAACGCUCCGUCCCCGCGUCCCCGGCGGCUCCGCCAUGGCCGGCCCCGAGCAGGAGGUGCCCCGCCGCUUUCAGGAGCUCACCUUCUACCGCGGCUACGGGCAGCCGCCGGCUCACCCCCGGUUCCGGACCACCAACCAGAGCUACGGCAGCAGGGCCCCCACGGUGCACGAGCUGCCGAGCUCCUUCAACAUCCUCUCGCACAAGUUUUCGGAUCAUCUGGGCAAGAUUGGCAUGGUCAGGAACGACGGCCUGAACACGUCCCUGGAGAAGAGCCACUGCACCGGCCCCGACACGUUCAUCACCGCCUACGAGCACCUGGACUUCCACCCCAGCUACAACCCCAGCGGCCCCUCGCACUGCAGGGACCAGCCGCUGUAGCGGGGACACCACAGAGCCACUGCGGCUUUUGGCUGCACUGGGAAAACCACCUACAGCCAGCCUUGAUGCUAAACAAAACCCACUAGAUUACAGAAGAAUGUUAUUAGGAGUAAUAUAUUAAAGAUUUAGUGUGGUUGAUGUCAGUUAGGUUGCUUAGGUGAAGGCUUUUACCUAAUUUAUCAGUAGUGUAUAAAUACUAGAACAACAUAUAUUACAUAUACAUCCCCUUAUCCUCUUUGUCACUAAUGAUCCUUUACACUCUGGGCUCAUGUACCACAUACCAUUAAAAAUUAAGAUUUAAA